AUGGGCAUGACCUCAGGACUUGCUACUUCGGGACGCGGAGCGCAAGUGGACCAGUCGUUCCAAAGGAAGCAUGACCGAAUCGAUUACAAGGUCCAACGGCAGAGCCUUCACCGCGAUGACUUGAACGAUCUGAUGGGACUUACCAUAGGACGGAUGGACAUGUACAAUCUCGUCGGCGCAUUGCUCCUGACCUUCGCACUGCAGUGGAUAACUAGCAGUGAUAUUGUUGCUGCGCCUGACGUGAAGUACUGGCCUCCUUGGUAUUCCACGGUAUUCGUUAUCUCCUGCUUCAGCUCGGUCGGCUACCUCUUGUUUUCCCUGUGGUUCGCGAUGAUGUGUUCCGUCACCUGCCAGUCGCUGGGCACCAGAUUGCGAAUCAACUUUGCGAGGCUGUCUCUGCCCAAGAAUGAGGAUAUCUCACGCAUAAAGGUGCCCUUUUUCAUCCCGGGGGGUGCUUUGGAAAAGAUGCAGAACAAGAUUUUCCAUGCCGAGGGAGAGGCGGAACACGGCGGAACCGGUGACUUCACUGGUCAGGAGCUUCUUAGAGAGCUCAAGAAGGAAGAGCGGGAGGCAGAAGCUGCUUCAACGCCGACUUCAAAGCCAGAGAAGGUAGUGCGAGGUCUCACGUUCAACGAGUGGGGAUCCGACAACGGCGAGAAGGAUGACGACGACCAGGACUUCGAGAAACACUUGCGGCGGUGGCUCUACGAGCGUGGGCAGUGGCUCAGCGCAGAUGCGUAUGCGCGGGCCUGCAUGGUGGUUGGCAUGAACCAGAUGCUGCAGGCUCUGACCUACCAUGUGGUGGCCACCGUGUGGAAGGUUUCGGCGCUGACGUCAAUUGCAUGUCUAUUGUUGGCCAAAUCACUGUCUUUGUUCAUGCUUCAAGUCGACCUUGGAAUCCGGAAAUAUCGAUGCUUCGGUUUCACGAUGGUGAUGCUGCUGGAACUUCUUCCGCCGACUUAUGCUACGCUGUAUCUGUUCGUUUACGUGCCUGGCAUUGAGUGGCCCGGUUGGCUGCAAGGAGUGGCUUGUUUUCCUGUGUUUCUUCUGCAUGCUGUUUGGAUGGGCUACUUGAGUUACCAGCUAACACCUGCAAGUGACACGGGUGAUCGCCCAGCCUUUGACACCGAAACUCAUUUGUCUGAUUCCGACAGCUCAUCGAGUGGAUCAGAGCAGGUAGAUGAAGACCUUGCGAGGCGGCGAUUUCAAUCUGGAAGAGGUUUCUAUGGGACAGAUUUCCUGCCCCAUCGGUUGAAGCGGAACAAGCUUUUCAACAUCAUCGAGCUGCAGGACCCGAUUCCAGAACACGAGCUUCGAGAAGCGAAGGUGGACCCGAUGCCAGGAAAAGUCACUGUGAACUUCACUUUUUUCCUGGCUGUCCUUUACAUCCUGAGUGGGAUCAUGCACACGGCCGGCCAGAUCUUUGGUUUCGAUCAAGCGGCGAUUAUCGAUUGCUCAGACGAUAACUGCACGACCAGCAGGAGCAAUCCGAUUUGGCCCCAUGCUCGGCCGCGACCACAAGGGCCCAGGCACCAUCCGCUGCGACGGCUUCGUGGACAGUAUGCAAUCGAUGCCGAGAUGAGAGAGAUACAAAGCAAUUGGCCAUCGCCAGCGAGUUUUUUUGAGGUCAAGGCUCUGCACUGCAGUCCGAACAACUCGCACCUUUUCAUGCACAACGGCUUCGCUGCCUUUGAAGCCGAAGUCUUGAACAAGAGACUAGGUGAGCUGAAGAGGCUUGAGAUGCCACAAGUCGAAUCAGUGAUGUUUUGCAAAAUUGGCGCAUGCUUUGCGCUGUUACCUGGCCCUCUUCUGGCCAGUCCUUGGAGUCUCAGACUCUUGUCGGCGGCUGCCUCUUCGGAAUUGAGCGAUCAACAUGUACAGAACGUCUCAGUUCCUGGAACCUGGCGCCUCGUCUCUGCCGUCUGGGCGGAGAGUGGAUUGAUUUGGCUGGCAGGAUGGGAUGGCAGCAACAUCAUUGCCGCUAAGCUCUGGAGAGGAAAUCCCGAACGUCCUUGGCACCUUGAGCAAAGCUUCAAGGUGAGGCCUGGUGCAGGCCUUUGCCAUGCAGGCAAAGACACGUGCAGCAGACACGUGGCUGGCAGUUACAUCGAUGUACAGGCGCUGCAGCUAAGUGCGGAAGGCAAACGCCUCGUCGUCCUUCACGGUGGACGCUUCCUGGAUUCAUGGGACUUGGAGAUCGGUGCCUUCAAGGGGCAACUGUGCAGACGGGGCAACUUUCGAAAGGUAGGUCCUGGGCCACUUGAUGCAGAACCAGAUGCCUUCGAGCUUGGCACGCCUAGAGGCGAGCGAAGCAGUGGCUUCGCUAUUGAGGACGAGUUCGAGAGCUGGACCGACCGCCCCAAGAGAGCAACAAAGUCGCCGGGUUCUGCAUCGAAUUGUGUGGCAGGUACCAGCUACGAUCUGUCUCCAAGGAACGGCGAGUCGCCCGCGCAGAAAGCUGAAGCGUUUCAGCUAGAAGAGGAGGAGAACGCAUACCUGUCCGCAGUUCAGCUGCUGAAGGAGAUGGGUUCUGGCAGGGCAGAGGCGGAGGUGGCGUGGAAAACAUGUGUUCUCCGCGAAAAACUGCGCCUUGCCAGAUCUUUGGCAGCAUUGCGCACGCCCCCGCCUCCGCGAAGAAGCUUCUCUCGUCAGACCUCCGGAGACACCAGCUUCGACGACAUUGACGCAGGGCACGCCCCUGAAGAUCGCGAGCUUUGUCCAGAUGAUUGGCCCGAGCAAAAGUUUCGUCCGCUGGCCGUCGACUUUUCAUUCAAUUUCGCAGCCUUAGAGAUGGCUGAGCGGGAGUACGAGGUAGAGGUCCGAACGCUACUCCAGGAAGUCUUUGCUAAUUGGCAAAGAGCAGUCCUGACGAAGUGA